AUGACCAUGAACGAUGUGGCUUUUGAUUUUCGUGCUUGUAUGGCUGACAUUAAAUUAUUUUGUUAUAUUCUGGGCACUCCUAUUAAGUGUGCUACUCCAAUUGACCUUGGCAAAAAAAUUCAACCUAACGAUAUUAUCAAAGCAAGUGAAUUGAAGAUAUGGAAAUUUGAAAUACCUCUCGAUGAAGACAAUGAGCAUUUGAAAAUACUUAAUGAGAACUUUUGUACAAAUAUCAGCAAUAAACAAAUACUUGGUAAGGAUUUGUAUCCACAUAAAAAGAUUUUAGAGGUUUUUCAAGGAUAUAUUUUUAAAGAAGAAUAUAUCCACAUCAUCGUGGAGCCACCCACUACAACUGAACCUCCGAAAACUGUUGAAGAAAUUAUCAAAAGCAUUAUACAGGGUGCCAAAAGGUUUGACAUAUCCACGUCCAAAUCACUUGACAAAAUAUGCAUGCUAUUGCAACAGCGCAACUUUGAAAAGGCAUUAAAAAAUAUUAAUAAAAACACAAGCUCUAAUGAUUUACAAAAGGAAGGCAAAUCAAAUUACUGGUAUCUCGUUAGUGCGGGAGCCCCCGGGAUAGGCAAAACACGAUUUGGCCAAGAACUUUUUGAAUAUGCCAAACAAAAUUGGAAACCGCCCCAAAGUUGGGGUGAUGCACAUUUUGAAUACCUACACAUGGAUUUUGGAAAAGGUAUUCAGCUGGACGAUUAUAAUUGUGAACUUAAUGUAUCAGUAAUUUUCGGAUUGCGUAUUGCCUACGCAUUCUUUAUUGAAAGUAAAUAUUAUAUUUUAUUUGAAGAAUUCCGUGCCAAAGCCCUUAUGCACGGCAAAGAUAUUUUUAUUUUUGACUCUGUUAUCACCUAUUACUAUGAAUUUCUGAAGCUCUAUAAUAAUCGAAAAUUAUUCCUGUAUCUCCAUAUUGAUGAAUUUCAAUUGAUUGAUACAUGGGAUCCGUUCCUUUUAGGAAUAGCUCCACAGGCUGUUGUCAUGCAAAAAGAGUCUUCAACUAUUUCAUUUUAUCUACUUUUGAUAAAUGCAGGAGGAUUGCCUCAUGCUCUUGAACGACUUUUAAUCACCUGCUUUCAGAGGUUAUACGACGGUAAGAUGUUUUUUAAGGAAUACCAAAACCAUGAUUAUGACAGUAUUUACACAAUUGUUAAAGAGGACCUUCAGCGGAUGUAUAAUAUUUACGAAGAUGUGAAACAAAACAAGCAUCUUGCUAUGAAACUCAUGUAUCAUUGUGUAGAGGAAAUUCCCGUUUCUGAUAAAACUUGCCUAGAUGAGAAGAAUCCACAUCUCACAAUAGAAAAUCUGCAACGUGAUGGGCAUAUCGUUCUUUCUCCUUGUGAAAUUUCUGGAAUGAAUUUGGGGCAACUAUACCCUGGCGCUUAUGGAGAUGAUAUUUAUUUACAGAUAUAUAUAGUUUUGAAGAAGCUUCAUUGUUAUGAGGCGAAUGAGCAAUUUCCACAUAGCAAGAAAUUAACGAACAAAUAUGAUCAUAAACUAAUCGACUUGGAGAGUGGAACUGUUGUGGUUCUCAAUGGUGCAUCUGCUGAUUUCGCAGAUAUAAUCUUAGUUAGAAUGAACGGUGUAAAAUGUCUAUUGAUGAUUCAAUACAAGUGGAACUAUGGUUCAAAGAUGAUGACUGAGAAAAUUAUUGAUGAUGAGGACAUCAAAAAUUUAAGCAAGCUUAUUACUGAAGUUAAAAAGAUGUAUGAAGGUUAUGAGCUCAUUACAAUCAUCUUUACUACACAACCAUAUAGUGGGCUACAGGAAAAAGCAGGCAUUCUAAUCAUUUCAAAAGACAAUUUCGAUAAACACUUUGGAUCUGUUUUUUCAUCAUUGGCCACAUUUUCUUUUGUUAAAGCUGUCAAUCCUAAUUUUUGGGAUGUAAAUAGAUUAAAAAACGUUCUCGAUGGUAUUGGUGAUGCUUUUAUUGAAAACGUUAUUGAAAAGUGA